GGGCGGAGCCAAGGGGCGGUCUCGCGGGAGACCAGUUUGGCGGGCGCCGGAGGCCUGCAUGGGCUGAGGGGGCGGGGCUUCUACUGGAGUGUUGUGCUCCGGCUCCCGCGUGGGGAGCUUAGGUGGGCCCCGGGCUGGCCGGCAGGGGGUACGCCUGCGGAGUGUGGGGCAGCGUCCGGCGUUCUCGCUCCCAGGCUCCGUCAGACUGGUGUCGAAACUGAAUCGGACAGUCUGGGUGGCGCCUCUGACUGCUUUAAAAAUCUCCUCAGAAUUCAAAGAGAUGAGGAGGAACCAGGAAGGAAGAUUGAAGAGUCCAGCGUGUUAUGAGAAAAAACUCCAAGAGCAUGCAGCCUUAGACGACAAGUGAAGAAGAGUUUCACAGGAGUAAGAGGCUUGUUUUGAUACACCUCUUGAAGUGGUUCCCACCAGGAACCCAAUCAUGUGCAACAAAAGGGCAGCUGACCCAGUCCAUCCUGACCUUGCUGGUUUGUUGGUGAAAUACAAGAAUCUUUUAGCUGAGCUAAGAAAUCUUCGAAACAAACUUUUCAUAAAAGAAACUUCAUUGCAAGAGAUGAAGAAUGAGCUAGAAAGUUACAAAGAAAAGAAUGUGCAACAGUCAUUCCACAUAAUGUCCCUGAAAGAUGAUAUCAAGGACCUAGAAGAACUUGUUGCUUCUCUCACCAGAAUUAAAUCUUUGAAAAACAUCAAUAUUCAGAGUCUUGAAAGAGGCAACUGGGAUCUAACUAGAAGAAUUAUAGAACUAGAAAACCUUCUAAGAGUACAUCUGAUUGAAAGAAAAAAAGCAGAGCGAAAAGUAGACCUUUUGGAGAAAAAGUUAGCAGGUGUUAACAGAUUCACCCCUUAUAUGAGUAUGAAAGAACAAGAAGACAGUUUCAUGAUGAAGGACAAAGAUGAAGCUAUCUUGGUCAAGAACUUUGAGAGAGACAACAUUUUUCACUCUGAAGGACCAAAAGAUGGACAGAAAAUUUGGGAUAAAUGUCAACAAGAUUUGAUCCAUAAGGAAAAACAAUUACCUGAGUUAGACAGACCUCCGUAUUCAUUCAGAUGGGAAACUAAAACUGUGCCAUCCCUCUAUUGGAAAUUCCUCAGUCAGUUGUCUACUCUUCCCAGCAACAGUGUUGAACCCAUACCAGCCACAGAGGAAGGUGUGAAAGGGAGCAUUCAGGAGACUGGUGCAAAUGAGCAAUCUUGGAAGUCCAGAGCUGAAGGCCACCAGCAGGAAGUUCAGAUGUUCACUAAGCAAUUGGAGAAGCAGUAUCAUCACUGUGAAGAAACUGCUGGAGAAUCAUCUGACACUGAGGAAAAGUAUAAGGAACAAAAAAGACCCUUGAAAAGUCUGAAAGGAAAAAUUGCUAUUAAUGAUCUUUUUCCAGGGAGAUUAGACUUGGACAUGAACAAAGAAAACUCCCAGACUAAGAUUUCCCAGAUGGAGAAUGGCAAAACAUUCAAGCAGCUAGAGAAAGACAACAAGCAAGAAACAUUACUGAAAAUUCAGCAGAAUUUGAAGGUUGUUACAACUCAAAGAUUAGAGGAGAAAAUUCAUAAACUUCAGAAACAGCUCAGUGACUUUAAAUUGUCAAAUAAAACUAUGAAAACUCAACUGACAAGAGUAAAUGUCCUUAAAGACAAAACAAUUGAGAAGCUCAGGCAAUCUUUAAAAAAAGUUGAAGCGAUGAAAGGGAAGGCAGUUAUGGAAACAGACUUGGAAACUACAGUAGACUCUGCUGAGCAAGAUGCAAGGUGGGACAAAGAGAGGGCCCAUCAAAUGUUAGAAACUGUCACUCCUGAGCUCUGCACAGCAAAGAGCACACUUGAAGAAGUACCGGGACAACAAGAAGAGCUUGUUGACUUUUGAGAAACUAUUAAGAAGAUGCUGAGAUUUAACAUGAAAACAGCAGACAAGAAAAUCAUCAAUCACCUAAGGCUUAUUAUACAAGUAUAUGAAGCCUCUGACAAAUCAAAGAUUGCUUCUGCGUGUGAGACUGGAUAGGAUAAUGAAUAAAGAAUUUCUGCCAACCAGAACUCAGCAGACAUGGACAUUUCCUCCAGCAUCUUGAAUAUGGCUACGUUAUGAAUAAAACACAUUUGAAACUUUUCACUUAAAUCUCUUCUCUCCUUUGAUAUUUGGCAAUUAACUUUUCUUUGUUGUAAUCUUGUUUUGUACAUUUACUUGUGGUCUAGUCUGGAUUGUUAAUUGUAAUAUAUAGCAUCUAAUUAUAUUUAUUAACUGUAUUUUAAGCAGGAUAUUAAUCAAAACUUGUUCUUAGUUGGAAUAUUUAUAUCUAUAGUUAAUGGCCUGUUUCUAGAAUGAGUAGUUUUUUGGUUAUACCCCCUUAUGAAUCUAGGUAAAGUUAUAUUCUGUAAUUUGAAUCUAUCUUAUCUAUUUGAUUAACUGAGAGUUUGAAAAUCAGAUGUGAAAUGCUGAAGGGUAGGAAAGUCAUUAAGAAUUCUUAAAAAUGUGCAAUAGACUAUAUUGUGUUUUAAAUUUUCUUAGUAUUUAUAGUGUCUGCCAGUUUUCCUAGAUGUAGGCCGAUAUCUA